AUGUGGGGCCUGUCGGCGGUGUCGGCGGCGGCGCGGGCGGCGCGGGGCGCGCGGGCCCUGCGCACCUCGGCCGCGCUGCGCGGCUCCAGGAACCUGCUCAGGAAAAUGCUCCGCAAAACCAAGAAGAAGUUCUGGUAUGACAGUCCAGCCGUGGAGUCCAAGACGAUGUAUAAACCAACCAUGCUGGCCUCUGGAAUGAAAGUUGACCAGAUAAAAUUCAGGAAAGAAGAUACCAUACGCUGCAGAGUCUUGAAUAAUCUCAUUUAUAAAGCUGUGACAGAGAUGAUGAGUACCUGUGAAAUUAAUCAAGAACUUUAUGACCUCAAGCUAGAAAUCUGCAAGGUGUCCAUGGCGCCAAGGUUCUCAGCGUGUCGCAUUUACUGGAACCCUUUGUCCACCACGGAAAAAGAGAGCUAUGUUGAAGGCGUCCUGCAGAAGAGUGCUCCGCGGAUACGGUAUCUUCUGAUGAGUCAGCAGAUUGUAGGAAACGUGCCCCCAAUAGUAUUUAUAAAAGACAAAGAAGCAGCAGCUUUAAAAAAGGUUGAUGAAUUAUUGUCAAUUGCUGAUUUUGGACCGCCUGAAGAAGAAGAAAGCCUGCCUCUAAAUGAUUCCAGUAAACCAGGCUCUUCAACAACAGAAUCUGCAGAUUCACUCGUCCGGUCCAAUCUGUUUGGUAUUGAUCAUGAACUGCUGAAUAAGCAGAUAAUGGAGUACAAAAGGCUGAAAGUGUCCAGAGAACCAGAAGGCCUUGCCUGGAUGGAGCAGCAGGAGCAGCAGCUGUCUGUGAUUCAGAGGAAAAUGAGAAAGAAGAAGGCAAGGAAACCCUCUGAUGAUGACAUUACCCCACAGAGGUACUUACUGGACAAAUAUGAAGCUGAGGACUUGGAGGAGAGCACGGAGUCCGUCUCUGACUAUGAGCUGGAGUGUGAGCUGCAGGAGGAACUGAGCAAACUGGAGGCCAACGAUGGCGAAACUGAAAGUCAACCUACGGUUAAACUGAAGUGAAAAGGCUGUUCCUGUUAAAAUGGAGACCACCAAUGGCAAAAAAAGAGACCAAAGCCAAAAAAUGUGUGUCGUAGAUAUGGAAAGAUGUGUUGGAAACUAACAGGCUUGCUGUACCUGCUGAGGUUUGACAGCAGAAGUUACGUAAGAAGAAUGACUGAUGUUGGCGAUGCUCUGCUAAAAAUCUUUCAAGUUGCUGCAUAUGCAGGAAUUUCAGCCAGAGAACAGUUUCCUAACAACAAAAUAUACAUUGGGCAGCACUGUGAGUUAAAAUUUCUUGCAAUUUUGUUGG